CCGUCUGAUUCCCACCGAGUUACGCCGAGAAGCUUUGGCCUUACAGGGGUCCCUGGAAUUCGAUGAUGCCGGUGGUGAAGGUGUAACAAGCCACGUAGAUGAUGAAUAUCGAUGGGCAGGGGUGGAGGAUCCCAAGGUCAUGAUCACUACCUCCCGAGACCCCAGUUCCCGCCUGAAGAUGUUUGCAAAGGAGCUGAAGCUGGUGUUCCCAGGUGCCCAGCGCAUGAACCGAGGCCAUCAUGAGGUGGGGGCCUUAGUGCGAGCUUGCAAAGCCAAUGGGGUCACCGACCUCUUGGUUGUCCAUGAGCAUCGAGGCACACCUGUGGGGCUUAUUGUCAGCCACCUGCCCUUUGGCCCUACUGCUUACUUCACACUCUGCAACGUGGUCAUGCGGCACGAUAUCCCCAACCUGGGCACCAUGUCUGAGGCUAAGCCUCACCUCAUCACACAUGGCUUUUCCUCGAGGCUGGGCAAGCGGGUCUCUGAUAUCCUCCGAUACCUGUUCCCUGUGCCCAAAGAUGAUAGUCACCGAGUCAUCACAUUUGCAAACCAGGAUGACUACAUCUCAUUCCUGCACCAUGUCUACAAAAAAACAGACCACCGAAAUGUGGAGCUGACCGAGGUCGGGCCUCGCUUUGAACUGAAGCUGUUCAUGAGCCUGGGCACACUGGAACAAGAGGCCACAGCAGAUGUGGAAUGGCGUUGGCACCCAUAUACCAACACUGCACGCAAGAGGGUCUUCCUGAGUGCUGAGUGA